AUUCAAUUCGCCAAAUUCCAAACUGACCACAAAUAUUUGUUUUUUUCUCCUCAAACAGGAAACGUGGUAAAUCCCAGUGUAACUGUGAAACUGGCAUUUUCCUUGAACCUCGCGUUUUUCUCACAUCGAUUUUGACUUUCAUCGUGGACGUGUGGAAGUAAUUAAAGGCAUCGGUGUUCGUCUUUAUAAGAGGGAGACGAGAGUGGGAACCUGAAUAAAAUCUGUACGCGAGUUUCACGUGUCUCUGUAUCGGUAGUCGAGUUCAGUUUCUUCCUUCGCCGUCUUGGAGGAUGAGAUCGACACCGAGCAGCUCGCGUUUCACCGCCGCUUCCUGAGACACGCGCGUGUCAGACACGUGCUCUCAUCCUAAUUCAAAAGAAGAUAGGAUUGUGGAAGAUUUUAGGUCGCGAGAUAUUAAACAAAAAAAGAAAGUUGUUCUUCAUUUAAUAUACAGUACUGGAAUCCGUAAAUGUUAGAAAAGCCGACAGACAAGUGUUGAGUGUUGAUCAUAUCUAAAGUGAAGGGAACAUUGAAAAUAGAAGCGACCUUGCUUCGUGUCAUCGCACUCUCUCUAAAAAAUUCUCUGGAUCCAAGCCUCCUCUUAACAUGUUCCCUGGAAGUCAUUAGAUAAUGAAGGCGUAUUAACCACGACUUUCAACAUUUCCAAUUAAUUUAAAAUAAAAAUUGAGAACAAAGAGACACAUAAUGGUAUGAAAAUAUGGAAGGAAAUAAGGUUGUUGAGAAACGGGCAAUGUUUCAUUUCGCAUACAAAUAGAAUGUUGUUUUACUGUUUAUACGAAGAGAACAAUGAUGCUUGGAAAUUUACCAAUAACUGAACAACGCUUAACGUGCCGUAUUAUCAGCGAUUGGGGAUUAAUUGAAUGGCAAUAGUAACAGCCGGAAUGUAUACGUUAAUAAUAACAACAGAAGUGAUAAGGUACGAUGGAAAAUAAUGAAGGUGCAUUAUCAAGAAUAUUACAAAUGGAUGAUUAAACAUGCAUAGGUUGUGCCAAUACUACAGCGAAGUUACAAGCAUUAUUUCUGAAUAUUUAUUCGUAUUGAUUUUGCACGUUUUAUCACGUUUGACAUAAGUUUUGUAAAUUACUAUAAUGUAAAUUGAAAGCAUGUCAGAUGUAAAACGAUCAUAAUAAUAGUACAGUAAUUUGAAAAUUAUGUUAACAAUUCUGACGAUAAUUAUAUGAGUGAGUUACUUGUAUUAUCGCUUAUUAGUAACACUAAAAAAAUUCUCAUUCUCAUUAAUCAACAUAAUUAAUUCUGCACUACAUUUGAACUUCAAGCCACUGUACCCUUCAUCUAGCAUCGAUUUACGAGUGAUAUAAUAAUUAACAUAACAUGUUAUUAACUAAGAACAUAAUUGGAUAUUGAUUUAAUUAAUGAAAAUGUUUCUCGAAUUCAAUCUAGUUAUAUGUAAUGAUACAAUAAUAAUAUAUUAAAUGUAAAUAAUGAUAAUAGAUGUACGAUACAUGAGAACACGUUAUUGCUUUAACGCGUAGAAAAUAUGCGUUCAAUAUGCAUUUAAUUAAUUGGAAUUAAUAUUUUGCAAAUUAACGCCUUUUUGUCGUACAUGAUUUAUUAUUAAAAUGGAUGCAUGCGACUUCAUUGUAUGUGAAAAUGGAAGAUAAUAAAGAGCGCAGACGUUUGAACAAUUCAGUGUUCAAUGGUAGUGAAAUAAAAGGGGAAGCAGUCGUGGAAGGUAUGUAUAGCGAAAGAGGAAUUGGAGAUAAAAUGAUACUCUCUGGGAAAGCCGAACAACGCCAUUGAUUUCGGCUAACGACGAAGAGGCGAGCGUAAAUUGAUCGGAACGAGGGCGUGCUAUAUAUGUAUGAGCGACAGACAGUAAAUCCGGGUUAAAGGACCGGGCUCGUUCACUCUGCAACCCCUUAAUAACGGGCGCGCCGUAACGUCGGCCGUAAACCCUCGCUUUGCAACGGAACCGGAGUUUCAAAAUGUGUCUAAAGCGCGAGCAUACGUGAAUUUUACGCGAAUUUCGGACUCGAUCUGCUGUUGCACGGGUCCAACUGUCUAGAAAUAUUAAGAAAUUACCCGGCACGACGUAAUGCGAGGCACAGAUUUUUAUGCGCCACGUGCCGUGAAACGUUGUCGAUGCAACGACAUGCGCAAUUUACGGUAUAAUCGUUUGCGAAAGGUAUCUUCUGGAAAGUUGCUACGCGGUACUACUACGCGUAAUGAUCGCAAUGCACGCGAGGACGUUGACUUCGGUACGGAAGCUCGUUUUCUUGAAUGGAGCAUUACAUGCUUUCGCGGCAGCAUUGGCGGCUUUCGAGUGGAAGCGUUUCAAGGGGAGACGUUCUAUCGUCACAUCGAGUAAUUCAAAGUCGCGAACGCACAAUAAAAUGAUCUUUGAAGUUAUAUCUGGUUGACGGGAUCAGCAUAAAUGCCGUUGAACGUCGUAUUAAAUGCUGCACGGCGAUACAGUGCUCGAGUUAAUUGUCCCUGGUAACAAUAGUAUUACCAGGGAAGCGCGAUCAAAGGAUUAUGAACUUUGAAUACGAUGUUAUUACACGCAGUAUAUAUAAAUUCUGUGAUCUACAAAAUGUGACUUCAUUCACAUUUCUGUAGCCUUGCAGUCAUGUGUACAUAUGGAGUUGAAAACGUUUAUGGGAUCUGGUGUCUAUCCUUUUAUAAAAUAUAUAUAGUAAAUAAUAAUAAUCCAUGGAAACAUUGUAGAUACUAAAAUAAAUAAUAGUACAUUGAAUAGUGUCAAACAAUAACAAUAAAAAGAAUUUGUGACAUCUAAAACUAUACGUGAAAAUGUGGAGAACUAACACCGUAAGCGUGGAAGGAAAUAAAUUUAAGAUAAUAGACUGAGCAGCUCAAAGAGCAGAAGAUAAAUCCGCAGAGAAUUUAGAACUUGGUUCCUGGGUCUCAGGCUCUAACGAGACAUCGACUCUAAAGCUUCGACUCGUAAUAAGAGGAUCGAAGCUAAAGCGAGACCGCGAGCAGUAGUUCAUUGGAACAAACGUGCGAUACUGUUUCCUUAUUGCAGCCUCGGAUAGGCGAUACGUAUCGCAAAAUCCUGUUAGUGUCUUAGUCGGCUAUAUUUCCGUUAUCUCUGCGAUCGGAUAAACCCUCGCGUAUUACCUGUUUACGAUAAUUCGCCGCGCUCCACCGCUGGCUGAGAUUUCCCCCCGUUCGACGAAGUCUGACUGUUGCUCCAAACGUUUCACAGGUUUAGCGAUGCGGUGAAAUCGCUGGAACUCGUUUAUAGAAUUAUAAAGAGGACUUUUCGCAUACAGCACGCUUGCCAUGUAAGUCGAUGAGACAGGCGCUUAGUUUGAAAACAAUCUACAAUUAUAAAAUCUGAAGGGAACGUAAGACCAUGGAUAGUCAAAUAUUGCGACAGAUAUUCAUCGGUAUAAUUUGUAACUUGCUGAUCAUCGAUAGCGGAUUGAACGAGGGAUGGAGCACUCCUAUUAUACCGAAAUUCGAGCGGGACGACCCUUUGAAGGUGUCCAGCGACGAAGUGGUCUGGAUAGUGAAUUUGAUGUACAUCGGUAUCGGUCUCGGCACGGUGGUGCCAUUUCUUUUGAUGGACAGGAUAGGUCGCAAAGGAACGCUCCUGUUCGCCACGAUACCAAAGAUUGCAAGCUGGAUUUUGAUAGGCUUGGCAGCUACCACUCAGCAGCUUUACAUUGGUAGGAUACUGGCUGGUAUUGGCUGCGGGAUUACAUACGCAGUGAUGCCUAUGUAUCUGGGCGAAGUUAGCAGCAAAAGAACUCGUGGUCCAUUAGGUACUCUAAUGGCGGUGCUUCUAAACACGGGCAUGAUGCUCGCCUACGUGAUCGGUCUGUGGGUCUCCCGUUUUACGAUGUCCAUGAUCGCGCUCACGGUCCCAGUAUUGUUCCUCAUGACUUUCAUUUGGCUGCCUGAAAGCUCGGUGUUCCUCACUAAAAAGAACAGAUUAACGUCCGCGGAGAAGACGUUGAAAUGGGCACUCGGAAAGGACGACGUGGUCGAAGAACUGGAGGAGAUCAAACGUAUGCUAGCCACGGAGGAUCUGAAGAUUAAAAAGACGUUCAUGAAAUCGUUCAUGGAAAUGUGCAGGAGACAGGAGAAUCGUCGUGCGUUUGGCAUCGCCGUGAUCGUUCUCAGCGCGUUGUCGAUCACUGGUGCCGCGCCGAUUCUCGCUUAUCAGUCCCACAUAUUCCAGGAGGCUGGUUUCAAAAUCUCGUCGAACAUAAGUAUAAUUAUCACCGGUUGCACGAUCGUAAUCGCCGGUAGCAUUUGUGUGCUGGUGGUCAGGCGUACCGGCAAGAGAUUGCUGUUGCUGAUCUCGGCGCCGAUCGCCGUCGCGUCUCUAUUGAUGAUGGCGAUCUUCUUCGGGCUGAUGUCUGCCGGGAACGACGUCUCCGGGUUGCGCUGGGUGCCGAGCGUGUUCCUGGUGAUUUAUGUCCUCGGAUACGGGAUCGCGUUGAAUCCCGUGCCCCUCGCCUACAUUGGCGAGAUUUUCCACAUCGACGUGAAGGUGCCCGCGGCGAUAUUCUGCUCCCUUUAUUACGCCAUCACCAGCAUUACCGUUGUGAAGCUCUAUCAGGUGCUACAAGAAUCGUAUGGUACAUACAUGCCUAUGACAGUGUUCACUGUUAUUACUUGUAUUAUAUGGGUGCUAAUUUAUCGAUACGUGCCGGAGACUGAAGGGAAGACCUUAGAAGAGAUUCAAAUAGAAUUACGAAAAAAGAACUGAUAACUUAUCACAAUUCAAUACUGCGUUUUUAAUAUUUUAAUAAAGAAUACAUAUCAUUUUAUUA